GUGUUGACAUCCGUAUCUCCCAUAGUAUUCAUCUCAAUUUAUUUGAAAUAAAUUUGAAGAAACUAUUCAUUGACAAUAGACAGCCGAUACUCUCUAUCUGCUACGAACGUGUUUUCAUUUUUGUAAACUUUUACUAUAUUUACACGCUGCUGAAACAUUGGUUCGCUUCCCAGCGAUCUGGCAACCCUGACCACAACCUUGCUGCAUUUUGGGCUCCAACGUUCUAACUAUGAACUAACUAACUAUUAUAUCAAUCAAAAUUCAAGGCGACUGACUCCAGGAACAGAUAUACAGACCCCAGACUUGUAAACCAGAGGAUCGGAUUUUGUUAUUGAACAAUCCACAGCUAACAUGGGCAAUGUAGCGAUAUCCCGUGUGCACAUGGAGGCCACCAAGAAUGUGCCGGUGGACCAUGCCAAGUACAUGAGCGGAGCCGGUGCCCCGCCGCCGGAAUGUCCCAUGCACCAGAAGCACGGAGAUGCGAAAUCCGUCUCCGCUGUGCCACCCCAUCCCAAAAUGCAGUCGGCAUCCGAGUGCCCGGUACAGCACGACAACAGCGAUGUGAAUCCGCUGAACAUGAUGCCACCGGCCAACCAACAGCCGGCGGCGGACCAGCCUUUCCCAUUGCCCACAGACCGUCAAACGUCGACCAUUCCCAAAGUCACCGAGGAUGGCACCGUCCAGUUCUGGCAGUAUCCCAGCCAGCAGAUGUUCUGGAACGCCAUGCUGCGCAAGGGUUGGCGCUGGAAGACCGAGGAUGUCUCGCAGAAGGAUAUGGGCGACAUCAUACGCAUCCACAACGCCAACAACGAGCAGGCCUGGCAGGAGGUGCUCAAGUGGGAGGCGCUGCACGCAAAGGAGUGUGGCAAUCCGCGCCUCAAGAGCUUUGGCGGCAAAGCCAAGGACUUCAGUCCACGUGCCCGCUUCCGCAGCUGGCUGGGAUACGAGCUGCCUUUCGAUAGACACGACUGGAUCGUCGAUCGGUGCGGCAAGGAUGUGCGCUACGUCAUCGACUAUUACGACGGCGGUCUGGUGGAUAAAGACUACCGCUUCGCCCUGCUGGACGUGCGUCCUGCCAUGGACUCCGUGGAUAACGUUUGGGACAGGAUGCGAGUGGCUUACAUGCGCUGGAAGUUCGAGCUGUCCGAGAAGUUUGGCGACCGCGAUGGAGGCAAAGUGUCAGCCGGAAGCGACUAGGUGGAGUGGAUAGAAAGAUGAUCGGUAUCUGUACAAAAUCGGCUUAAGUUAUCGGAUGCGACUGGAGUUGUAGUUGAAUGCGUUUAAACUGUUAUGGGGCGAAUAGCGAAUUCCGGUAGUUAAUCCUGUUCUAGCCUCAAAUAAACUUUGAAUUCUGACUUCUGAACACCCAAA